UCUCGGCAACGGUGGCAAGAAUUUCCAUGGCGGGUGGAGCCCUCCCAUGUUAGAUCAUGCGCCGUCAGAUAUCUUUCUUUGACAAACCUAGUGCCUAGGGUACCGCCAAACCUGCUUGGUUGGGGAUCAGCUCGUACUGGUACUAUUUGCAAGCUCGCACGCUUCGCGCGCAAGCUAAGGAAAUAGGCUUCACAACUCAUAAAGCUUAGGCCCCAGGAGCCAUACUAAUGCUCUGCUUUAGUAUCGGCACCGGCCUGCUAAAACGAUAGGCUAAUGCUGCAGCGGCCGAAGGCACCACCACUCAGUGUCACUUUGAGGUGCCUCAGAAUUAUGCUCUUGACACCGGCCCGGCUACAACGAUAGGCUGCAUGCGUCUUGUUUGUUAGAAUUCUCAAAAACAAAACACAGCGGCCAAAGUUUGAUGACCCGAGGCUUUACAGUGGAGCCACCUUUCAAGUUGAGCCAGCAUUCAAUGUCAAAGCCCCUCCCUCAUACUCACAAGCGUAGCCAUCAAACAUGAUGGGUACAGUGGCGGAGUUUCGAGCACGUUUUAAACCGAGUAACGGAACCGCUUUUAGUCGGUUUAGUCGCGGCUUUAAUACCCACACUAGGUUGCCGCCGCUUAAAGCCAACGGUGGAGUGACUGCUGGUACUAAAGCGGGCUGGAAGAUCGACUUAAGAGGCGUAUGGAUGUUCCUCCAAUACCUGCUGUCGCUGCUCGCGGGAAAUCCGCCCCCGCGGCCGACGCCGCCGGCCAAGCCGCGGCUCGUUCUACUGCCAGAUAACUCCUUCGACGCGAAAUGCCUCGACGGCAGCCCCCCAGGGUACUAUUUCCGCCCGGGCACGGGGGCCGGCAAGAGCAUGUGGCACAUCUACCUGCCGGGAGGGGCGUGGUGCACCUCUGCCUCCCAGUGUGUUGUUAGGAGCAAGAGUGCGCUUGGCAGCAGCACGUUCUACCCUGAUGACCCCACCAACAAGACCCUCUCGCCCCCCUUUAACGGCAUUCUCAGCAGCAACAGCAGCAUCAACCCGCCCUUCCACAACUGGAACCUCGUCCGCCUCAUCUACUGCGACGGGGCGGGGUACUCGGGCACGGCAGGGCGACUGGAGGUGAAUGCUGCCACAGUGCUGUACCUGGAUGGGUGGAACAUCAUUCAAGCGGUGAUAGCGGAUCUGAAGGCGAAUCGUGGGAUCAAAUCUGCAGCGCAGAUCCUCCUCUCGGGCAGCUCAGCGGGCGGCCAGGCUGUCAUAUCUCUCUGCGAUCGUAUCGCCGCUGCCCUCCCCUGGGCGCCCACCAAGUGCAUCGCUGACUCGGGUUUCUUCAUAGACUCCAAGGACCGAGCAGGGGGGUACUCGUGGCGAAAUGCAGCAAAGAGCCUUGUUGCUCUGCACAAGCCGAGCUGGCCAGCUUGCAUGGAUGCCCUACCAGAGACUGACCGUUGGGAGUGCUUCUUCCCACAGUACACUCUGCAAGGUGUUACAACGCCUAUAUUUCUAUUCCACACGUUCUUCGACAUCACGGCCAGCCAGAUCGGCGGGCUGUUACCGUGGAACAGUACCUACGCGUAUUCGUGCUUGGCUGAAGUUUUGAGGACGGCUACGGACGUUACAGGGAUUAUACGGAGAAAGGAAUGGAGCAGUAUAGUAUGGAAGAGCAAUUACUGUACAGCGGGUGAGAGAGAUGCACUAUUUGGUGCAGCAUCCGUUCUUUAUGAUGAGCUGGAGAGCAUUAUAGGUAGCGUAGAUACUGUAGCUGCAUUUGUUCCGACAGGAGUGGCACAUACAGUGCUAUUUCUGAACACGUGGACAAAUGCAUGGAUCCGGGGAAUGUCGGUAGAGUCAGAAAUAGUUCGGUGGCUAGCAAACGAAAUGUCUGAUAGGUUUGUGCAUAUGUAACAUAGUACUGUACU